CCUCUCCAUCACCCAGCCCCCCAAACACAGACGUUACAUUCAACAGAGGAAACGGAAAAGGCGAAACACACAAGACGGUUUUUCAUUUCAAAACCCCGGGGCUGUGGAAAGAACAGAGAGUUCCUUUUUUUUAUACCUAAACUUGUCCUCUUUGUUUUCAUUGUCAGACCAAAAUACCGGCCUUUCCCCCGUUAUUUCCAUAUUUUCACCCAGCUGUUUGCAGCUGGCAGAAAGCACCCGCCCUGUUCGGGAAAAAGGGACCGAGAGUGACCGGAGGAGGAGAGAGAUGCCACCCCAACCUUCCCAGCCGCAGGUGAGCAAGAAUAUCCUGAAGUUCCUCAAGACCUUUUUGGGACUCAUCCGGAUCCUGCAGAUUGUGUUCGGAGCCGGACUGUGGGUCACCAUCGCCGCAAACAAAUACGAGGGAUCCAUCCACUUCGUCCUGUUCGUCGCGGUCCUCUUCUGGCUCCUCACCCUCGCUCUUUUCUUCCUCACCCUGCUGGACAAGCAGGACCUCGUCCCGCUGCUGGGAGGGGAGCGCUGGUUGGCCACCAACCUGGCGCACGACGUGGCCGCCGCGGUGCUCUACCUGCCGGCCGUAGCGGUCAUGAUCUACAAGACGGAUCGCAACUCGUACUGCAACUUGGAGCAGUACAAGCACCUCUGCCUGUACAAAGUCUACCUGACAGCCGCCGUGUUCGCCUGCCUGUGCUGCCUGGCUUACCUCCUGUCGGUUAUUUAUGGGGCGUACAGGAAGUGUCGGGGGGAGCAGACGGUCAUCUGA